CUGGUAUUUCUCAAUAAAUGCACACAGAUAUCGGAUAAACCCUCGCUCCGGUAUUUCUUAAUCAGAUGAUCGGCAGAGAGUCGUAACAGAUGAACACGUGUUUAUAGAAAGUUCCUAUCAGUAUCUCUGACUUCCGUUUUAUUGGAAAAAUGAAAAUAUCAGUUAAUUUAAACGCUUGGUUACAAAGCAGACGGUCCCAUAAGUGUUGAGUCCUAGUGGGUAUAUAUUUCAAAAAUUGAAAGAGAGCGAGAAAGAGCGAGAGCGUUAAAUUUGUUACAUUGUCAUGAUCGUUAUGACUUUUGUGCAUUGUGGGGCCAUUACAGCUUUUGCCAUUGUAAUUUAACACGGGGGAUGUUCGAUAUCUAGAUAGUGUCGGUCUGGAUUACAAACCGCUAGCUAGGAGAUGGAUAUCAGACCCCUGUUACUGGAUAUCAUGAUCUGCCUAGAUGUCUCACUUUCUGUGUGGGACUCAACAGAAAGACCUUUCACAGACCGGAAGGACGGGCCGUGCUGUGACGGAACUCUUGCGUUCGCGGCACCUCCCACAAUGCCCUGCUCUUCCUUUCAGUGUUGUCAGUCUGUAGAGGACGUCGUAGUGUACCCCGUCAACCACGCUUUGGGUUACGAGUUCAGAUGCAUUCCGAAAAAGGAAAUUACAUCCAGGUGCUUCGAAGAAAAUGAGAGAGUUCAGCCAGGGAAAGAUAUAGGCACAAUCGAAUAUAAGCCAAAAAGGUGUUGUGAUGGACUCAAGUUUAACUUGGUAUUCAAUUCCAGUAGCCCCGCCUUAGUUAUAAAAUGCAUCAGAAGAUAACAAGUAAUAAAAUCA